AUGAAGCCCACCCCACAAGAUAUCUUGAAUCUUUCACUUACACUCUCACAUGGACGUAUGAAUGGGACCACCGAGUUGACUUGCACACUCUUCAAUGCCAAAGGAACCAUCGAGACGCCCGAGACCCGCUUGACCAAAGCGAAUAUUGCCCGCGAGUACAAAGUCGAUGGUCGGGACCUACGCACUGUAGAUGCAGUGUCGGAAGGCAUUCCUCACUUCGUCAUCCGACCAUCGACCAUUUUCAUCAGUCUGUUCUCUUUAAGACUUCUGGUCCAAUCGGACCGAGUACUCCUGAUCCGAUGUGGUUCGAAGGACACCGAACCCCACGCGUUCCUCGAGGAGAUCUUUGUGACCGAUCUACAAAGUAAAUUGUGUGGCAAUCACCGUUCUGGAUUCCCAAUUUCACUACCUUAUGAAAUUCGUGUCUUCGAGGCAGCGUUGGCAUCUGUUACCGCACACCUGGAAGCAGAGCACUCGCUAGUACGCAGGGAGAUCGAGCACAGUCUCAAAGAUCUACAAAGCGAAGACAUUGCAUCAACCGGUCCCCGAACACUCCUAGAAAACGGCAAGAAGCUUGUGAAUAUUGAACAGCGCGCUCGGCAAAUGCGCACUGCGGUGCAAGAAUUGCUAAGCAAUGACGAAGAUCUCGCUGCCAUGUACCUCACUGACCAACAAGCUGGCAGGCCACAUGCUAUCGAAGACCACCAAGAAGUUGAGUACCUCCUCGAGGCAUAUUAUAAGAGUCACGAUGCGAUUGUAGAGUCAGCGGGGGCAUUAUUGAGUGAAGUGCAUCGCACACAAGAUGCUAUCCUGUCCAUUCUCGAUGUCCGACGCAAUCAGAUUAUGGUCUUUGAGGCGCAACUGGAGAUCUGUAUGCUCGGCUUUGCGGUGUCGACAUUCGUUGCUGGGUUAUAUGGUAUGAAUGUUGUCAAUUACCUGGAAGAUAGCCCUUAUGCUUUCCCAUCCCUUGUGGCAGGUUGUGUGAUGGGGACGUUGCUACUCGCACGGUUUGGGAUGUCGAGGCUGCAGAAGUUCCGCAGGAUGCAGCUGUGA